AUGUCGUACUACCUCGUUUUGAUAGGCACGCGCGACAACCCGCUCUACGAAACCGAAAUCACGCCCAAAACGGCAGCUCCUUCAUUGGCCACUUCUUCUUCCUCGGCACCGACAAGCAGCGGUGUGUUCUCCCCGACAGCAUUCAGUAGCGUGGCAGCAUCUGGAGCUGCAUCGGAAGCGACCUCGACCAGCAGUGGCGGAGGAGGAAUGUUCGGAGGACUGCUGUCACGGAUUCCGACAACAAAUAUAGCAUCGAGUGGGGGCAAUACCGCAAGUGCAUCAGGUGCAGCAGGUGGCGCUGGAUCAGCAGGUAAUGUAGCAGGGCUGGGGAGUAGGCGAAAGCAGAGGUAUGAGCUGCAGAUGAUCGCGCAUUCUGCAUUGGAUACGAUCGAAGAUGCGCUUAUCACAAGCCCGUACUUGUAUCUGAAAAGCGUUGACCGAAUUCAGGAGUACACGACCAGCUGCUUUGUUCUUCCCGGAAACGUAAAGAUGGUUCUCCUGCACGAGCACAAGCACGAGGAUGGGAUCAAGAACUUCUUCCUCGACGUGUGGGAGGCGUAUCUCAAGGUCUCGAUGAAUCCAUUUCAAGAUCCCAACGCACCGAUCGAGAAUGCUGCUUUCGAUGCCCGGGUCAGAACAGCUGCUAAGAAGUUUCUCUAG